AUGGCGAGUCGACGUUGCUUGCAAUCUAUUAACCGUUAUUUCAAUUCCAUCAAAACUCUAACCCCGUUUUCCAAAGCCCUGGUGGCCAGCUCCGCUGGCGCCCCCAACCAAACCCUCUGCCGGAAAGCGGCUCAUGACAAGGAAAAAGAGGCUGCUGAAAUCGGGUACACGGUUAUUGGUCCGCUUCAGGAGUCGGAUCGGGUUUUCAAACCUUAUGAGCCCGUUUUUGCUGUUAUUCAGAUUGGAUCACAUCAGUUCAAGGUGAGCAAUGGGGAUAACAUUUACGUAGAAAGAUUGAAGUACUGUGAUGUCAAUGAUAAGUUGGUCCUCAAUAAGGUUCUUAUGCUAGGCUCACAGACACAGACAAUUAUUGGUCGGCCAAUUUUGCCAGAUGCAGCUGUUCAUGCAGUCGUCGAGGAGCAUGAUAAUGUUGCUCCAUCGUCUGCGAAGCUAUAUGUUCGUUUUCUGGCAUUAGAUGCUAAAGUGAUCAUAUUCAAGAAAAAAAGAAGAAAGAACUACAGAAGAACUAGAGGUCAUCGGCAGGAAUUAACCAAGUUAAGGAUAACGGAUGUACAAGGGAUUGAGAAACCACAACAGUUUGCUUUCUCAAAGAAAGAGAAGAAAGAAAAGCAAGAAAAGCUGGUUUCUCUCCAGUUUGUCCAAGAACUGAAGUUACAGCAAUUAGUAUUUAAUUUUUCAUGUAGCUGCUGUUUGAGACUCUUUUUGACUAAUGUAUUCCUCUUCAGCUCUGCAAAUCCAAAAAUUCAUAUUCCAAACCGCCGCAUCCAUGGAGAUCCUCUCAUCUCCACCUCCACAAAACCUGAACUCGACCGCAAACACUACUCAAUCCCAUUAGCCAGAUGCGGCCCGCGAUUCGCCGAGUUCUCGUCCACGGUGGUUAUUCUCCUCCUAUUCCUCGCCGGCGCUGGCGCCGUGGGAAUCUCGUACUCCGAUCAUUGCGGCGACGUGGUGCCAGACACGCCUUUGCUUCCGGACUCUAAUUCUCCACUCGUCGGCCGCGAAUUUUUCUCCCUUCACCGCGCCUAUGUUUGCUGCGGCGUCAACAUUACGGACAAGGAUGUUUGUGCGGUCCCCGGGUCCCUCUCCUUCAUCACUGAGAAAGCCUAUAGAACCGAGAAUGAUACCAUCCUCAAAAUCGACGCUGGGCUACGUGUGCGGGCUCCUUCUCAUUCGUUGACGUCGGGCGGCCUGCCGUUGAUGAGCGGCUUUUGGGAUUGGAGCUCUGGGAAGCUCUGCAUGAUCGAUCCGAUUUUAGAUGCUAGUUCCGAAAGUGUUUCUGAACCCAGCUCGAUAUCGGUACUUGGUGUGAACACGAGGAAUUAUAACUAUGAGUUGAUUCAUAAAGAAAUCGAAACUAAUGGUUUCUCGUUGUUGAAUGAUACUUCGAGUGUCUCUUUAGGAGGGGAGGAUCUGGGGCAGAAUCCAUGCUUUUUCGUCUCGUCUGCAGGAAAGUUCGAAUUGGAGUAUGAGAAUGCCUGCAGUGGCGUGAACUGCAAUUUCCUUGGGAGAGAAAAUAACAGUUUCAUGCCAAGCGUGAUUUAUUUUUUUCCACUGGAACCAAAUGUGACCUUGGUUAGUGAAGGGAAAUGGGACCUGAAACAAAAGAGGCUUAACAUGGUUGGCUGCCGAAUUUUUAGUGAUUGGGAUGAGGGUUUUGUUGGGGAGUGUUUGAUCAGACUAAGUUUGAGAUUUCCAGCUCGGUGGACAUUGAGAGAAAGGAGCACUGUAGUUGGGGAACUUUGGAGCAGUAGAAGUGUUAAUGAGACGGGCUAUUUUGAACGGGUGACGCUGAUGAGCUUACGUAAUUCGAAAGUAAAAGCGCUUGGUAUGAGGUACGAGUACACGGAGAUUGAGAAUUCCAAGAGAUCCUGUGCAAACAAGAAAACUCAGAAAACAGGGAAAAAAAUUUACCCUAGAACGACAUCUUCUAAUAUGCGAUUUGACAUGAUUGUCAGGAGUAAGAAAGUGCCCGAUCUUUUUGGUUACUCAUCCCCCGUUUACAUGGGCAGUCAGGGCUAUAUUUUUCGCAGCAUGUACAGAAUGGAACAGCAAAACCUUGGUCAUAGGGUUAACAUAAGCUAUAUUCUAACCUUCGGGGCCGACCAUGAUUUCAAGAUCAGUGAUGAGCACAAACAAAUCAGAUCGAUUGAAAUCUCGGCAGAAGGAAUUUAUGACCCUGAAAAUGGGCACCUUUGCAUGAUCGGGUGUAUGAGCGUUGUGCCACCUAAAGUGAGAGUAAGGGGGAACUCUUCCCUGGAUUGUGAAAUUCUGAUUGACAUGUGGUAUCCCCCAGAGAAUGGAAACAAUGGACAAGAGAUCAACAUGGUCCUAGUUUCCAACACGCUUUUGUGCAUUUUUGAGGGUCUGCAGAUAGUGCAUGUCAAAAGGCAUGCAAAUGUGCUGCCCUUUGUUUCAGUCGUCAUGCUUGUUGUUCUCAGUCUAGGACUUCUGUUAUUGAAUUUUGAAGCUGUCUUCACGAGGGGCCGCAAAAGUUUCGAUUUUUACUUUGGUGGGGACGAGUGGGUUGAAGUUACUGAGGUACUAGUGAGGGUAAUUACCAUGGUAGCCUUCUUACUGGAAUGUCGUCUUCUCCAAAUGACCUGGUCUGCAAGGUCAGCCGACGGAAGCCAGAAAAAUCCAUGGACACAUGAAAAGAAAGUUUUAUAUCUUUUGGCACCUUUAUAUAUUGGUGGAGGAUUGAUUGCGUGGCUUGUUCACCAGUCAAGAAAGCCGAGCAUAACGCCACUGUAUGUACUUCUGCAUUAUAGGGUGAAAGAGCCACAAUCCUUAUGGGACGACUUGAAAUCGUAUGGUGGGUUUGUAAUGGAUGGCUUUUUGCUGCCUCAGUUUGUGUUCCACAUAUUUUUUGACACAAAGGAGAAGGCUCUUAUCCCUUCCUUUUAUGUUGGGACCAGUCUUGUUCGUUUGCUUCCACAUGUGUAUGACCUUUACAGGUCUCAUCUUCAUACUUGGCCGUUCGGUUACAUUUACCCAAACUCUGGACUGGACUACUAUUCGACUGCGUGGGAUAUUAUCAGAUCUGUUGGGGCUUCUCUAUUGGUUGUUCUGAUUUACUUGCAGCAAAGGUAUGGAGGGAAAUGCAUUUUAGCAAGGAGAUUCUGGCGGAGUUUGGCUUAUGAGAAAGUGCCUGCUCUGCAAAUCCAAAAAUUCAGAUUCAAAACCGCCCCAUCCAUGGAGAUCCUCUCAUCUCCACCUCCACAAACCCUAAAAUCGACCGCAAAAUCACACUACUCAAUCCCAUUACCCAGAUGCAGCCCGCGAUUCGCCACGUUCUCGUCCACGGUGGUUGUUCUCCUCAUAUUCCUCGCCGGCGCUGGCGCCGUGGGAAUCUCGUACUCCGAUCAUUGCGGCGACGUGGUGCCAGACACGCCUUUGCUUCCGGAAUCUAAUCCUCCACUCGUCGGCCGCGGCUUUCUCUCCCUUCAACGCGCCUACGUUGGCUGCGGCGUCAACAUUACGGACAAGGAUGUUUGUGCGGUCCCCAGGUUCCUCUCCUUCUUCACUGAGAAAGCUUAUAGAACCGAGAAGGAUACCAUCUUCAAAAUCGACGCGGUGCUGAGCUUGAGACGCGUGCGGGGUCCUCAUUUCUCGCGCCGGGGACUGCGCCUAGUGCAUGUCCGGCCGCCUAAGAUUCCGUUGACGUCGGGACUGACGGGGCUCGAACCCGCAGCUUCCGCCUUGACAGGGUACAUGAGCGGCUUUUGGGAUUGGAGCUCCGGGAAGCUCUGCAUGAUCGGGUCCGGUAACCUAGAUUCUAAUCGUGUUGUUUUGAAGCUUGAUUAUUUGAAUUCUUCUAGUAUAUUCACCAGUCUGGUUAAUGGGACGCUGGAGAUUUUAGAUGCUAGUUCCGAAAGUGUUUCUGAACCAAGAUGUAUAUCGAUACUUGGUGUGAACACGAGGAAUUAUAAGUAUGAGUUGAUUGAUAAGGAAAUCAAAACUAAUGGUUUCUCAUCGUUGAAUGAUACUUCGAGUGUCUCUUUAGGAGUGGAGGAUCUGGGGCAGAAGCUGUGCACUUACGCAAGAUCUGCACGAAAGUUCGAAUUGGAGUAUGAGAAUGCCUGCAUUGGCAUGAACUGCAAUUUCCUUGGGAGAGGAAAUAACAGUUUCAUGCCAAGCGUGAUGUACCUGAAAGUAAUCGAGUGUUUGGAUGAUGGUCGAGUGAGGUUCUUGUUGAAGUUUGCAUAUUCCGAUGUUAGUGGAUAUCAUGUGCUACUGGAACCAAAUGCGACCUUGGUUAGUGAAGGGAAAUGGGACCCGAAACAAAAGAGGUUUAACAUGGUUGGCUGCCGAAUUUUUAGUGAUUGGGAUGAGGGUUUUGUUGGGGAGUGUUUGAUCAGACUAAGUUUGAGAUUUCCAGCUCGGUGGACAUUGAGAGAAAGGAGCACUGUAGUUGGGGAACUUUGGAGCAGUAGAAGUGUUAAUGAGACGGGCUAUUUUGAACGGGUGACGCUGAGGAGCUUAAGUAAUUCAAAUGUAAAAGCACCUGGUUUGAGGUACGAGUAUACAGAGAUUGAGAAUACCAAGAGAUCCUGUGCAAACAAGACAACUCAGAAAACAGGGAAAAAAAAUUACCCUAAUGCAACAUCUUCUAAUAUGCGUUUUGACGUGAUUGUCAGGAGUAAGAAAGUACCUGAUCUUUUUGGUUACUCAUCCCCUGUUUACGUGGGCAGUCAGCUUUAUAUGUUUCCCGGUGUGUACAGAAUGGAACAGCAAAACCCUGGUCAUAGGGUUAACAUAAGCUAUAUUCUAACCUUCAAGGCGGAGCAAGAUUUCAAGAUCAGCAAUGAGCAUAAACAAAUCAGAUCGAUUGAAAUCUCGGCAGAAGGAAGUUAUGACCCUGAAAAUGGGCACCUUUGCAUGAUCGGGUGUAUGAGCGUUGUGCCACAUAAAGUGAGAGUAAGAGGGAACUCUUCCCUGGAUUGUGAAAUUCUGAUUGACGUGUGGUAUCCCCCAGAGAAUGGAAACAGUGGACAAGGUGUGAAAGGAAAUAUUAAAAGCACACGAGAUAAAUCCGACCUUUUUUACUUCGAACCUCUUGAUGUUUUUUCGCUUUCGGCACCCAAAGACUCCAUAUGGACGAUGGAUAUGGAGAUGACCAUGGUCCUAGUUUCCAACACGCUUUUGUGCAUUUUUGUGGGUCUGCAGAUAGUGCAUGUCAAAAGGCAUGCAAAUGUGCUGCCCUUUGUUUCAGUCGUCAUGCUUGUUGUUCUCACUCUAGGACAUCUUGUCCCUCUGUUAUUGAAUUUUGAAGCUGUCUUCACUAGGGGCCGCAAAAGUUUCGAUGUUUACUUAGGUGAGGACGAGUGGGUUGGAGUUAACGAGGUACUAGUGAGGGUAAUUACCAUGGUAGUCUUCUUACUGGAAUGUCGUCUUCUCCAAAUGACCUGGUCUGCAAGGUCAGCCGACGAAAGCCAGAAAAAUCCGUGGACACAUGAAAAGAAAGUUUUAUAUCUUUUGGCACCUUUAUAUAUUGGUGGAGGAUUGAUUGCGUGGCUUGCCCACCAGUCAAGAAAGCCGAGCAUAAGUCCACCAUUUGUAGGUCUGCAUCAUAGGGUGAAGCAGCCACAAUCCUUAUGGGGCGACUUGAAAUCGUAUGGUGGGUUGGUAUUGGAUGGCUUUUUGCUGCCUCAGGUUGUGUUCAACAUAUUUUUUGACACAAAAGAGAAGGCUCUUGUCCCUUCAUUUUAUGUCGGGACCAGUCUUGUUCGUUUGCUUCCACAUGUGUAUGACCUUUACAGGUCUCAUACUCGUACUUGGUCAUUUGGUUACAUUUACGCAAACCCUAGACUGGACUACUAUUCGACUGCAUGGGAUAUUAUCAUAUCUUUUGGGGCUUCUCUAUUUGUUGUUCUGAUUUACUUGCAGCAAAGGUAUGGAGGGAGAUGCAUUUUAGCAAGGAGAUUCUGGCGGAGUUCGGCUUAUGAGAAAGUGCCUGUUGCCGGCCCUGAAUGA